AAGAAUAUAGAAUAGAAAAGAAUAAAAAAAGAGUGAAAUGCCACCACAGGGUUACCGUCCCGACGCGGACUUCGGCGGUCUGGUGCUUGAGGACUCUGUCGUCCCGAGUGUUGGUGAGAACGAGGUCUUGGUCAAAUUUGAGGCUUCUUCCCGGAACUACCGUGACUUGGCAAUUGCAAAGGGCACCUUCCCUUUCGCUCACAAAUACCCCACUGUUCCAAACUCAGACGGUGCCGGUGAGGUAGUUAAAGUCGGUUCCAAAGUGACUGAGUUCCAAAAGGGGGAUACGGUUAUUACCCUCUUCAACCAGGCUCACCAGCACGGUGAUAUUGGUUCCUACGCCGCUUCAACUGGUGUCGGUGGUACUAUUGAUGGUGCGCUUGGCCAGUUCGGUGUCUACCCUGGAACCGGCCUUGUCAAGGCCUCCAGUAACCUGAGUGUUAUUGAGGCCAGCAUCCUUCCUUGUCAGACUAUUCUGAUCCAGGGUACUGGCGGUAUCAGUCUCUUUGGAUUACGGUUUGCCAAGGCAGCCGGAUGUAUGGUUAUUGCUACCACUUCGUCCGCGGCAAAGGAGAAGAUACUUCAUGAUCUCGGAGCCGGCCAUGUUGUGAACUACAAAACCACUCCCGAAUGGGGCUCCAUUGUUCACGAACUCACUCCCCAAAAGCAGGGUAUUGGCCAUAUCAUCGAGAUCGGUGGCCUGGGUACUUUCGAGCAGAGCCUAAAGUGUAUCAAGAUGGAUGGAGUUAUUAAUGUGAUCGGAUUCCUUGGCUCGACGGACCGUCCUCAGCCCACCCUCUUGGACGCUCUGAGCCAUAUCUGUACUGUUCGUGGUGUAUAUGCCGGCAGCCGUGCCUUGCUCAAGGAUAUGGUCCACGCUAUUGAGACCACGAAUCUAAAGCCUGUUGUCGAUGAGAAGGUCUUCGAAUUCGCAGACACCAAGAAAGCCUUCCAGUACAUGGUUCAACAAGAUGCGAGGUUUUGAUUUAUAGUAUUCUUCUAAUCUACCUCCAACCAGUCACAGCGACACCAACCCUCUCACAAAGGUUUACUAUGCACCGACAAACCUCAUUGCAUAUACCAAGC